CAAUCCAUUCAAUGCUCGCACUCCGAAACAUCCUCAGCAAACCUACUACUAUCACCGUACCACUCACAACAUCACAAAUCCGCACAUUCACGAUGACUUCCCGCAAGCUCGCCGGCAGCGAUAACCCUAUCCACCGUGCCGCCGAAAAUAUCGGCGAGAAGAAGGACACCAAUCCGAAGAACCCCUCGAUCUUGUCGUCCGGAGGAGCCAUUGGCCGGCAGUUCAACCCCGAUGGAACUCUCGGGUCCAUCCCCCAGGCUAUGGGCGGCCCCUUGGACAAGGACGGCAUCAUCGGAUCGCAGUUUAAUGCCGCCAAGGGAGGUAUUGCCGGCACCGUCGAGAAGGCGGUUGAUGGGCCUAGCCAGCCAGCGAAAGGGACAAAGUAGUAGGAUGGUUCCGGAGAAGUGAGAAGUUUCGGCAAGGAAGUCGGGCUAUGUUAUCAGGAAUCAUUGUAUGAUAUAAUAAUGGAUAGGAA